AUGAGCUCAGCUCUAGAUCUUGAUGGCUCUUCCAAGGGUACCGUGCUCAACGGCCCUUGCGACUGGAAACAAUGGAUUUCUAUCGUCAAGAAAUUCGCGACCUCCCAUAAUCUUUGGGAAUUCCUUGACCCUGCCGUUCAGGAGGGCAAGCCGGUUCUUCAGCAGCCUGUUGAACCAACCUUCCGCUUGAUCAACGAUAAAGUAUCUGAUCUCGUGGAUCUGACCUCGGAGGAAUUUCGCAGACUUGAAUUCCUCCACACCCAGUACCGCUCGAAGCUUCAAGGGUACAGGGAUCAAGUGAAGGCCCUUGCAAGCCUUCAACAACACAUCGUCAAGACAAUCGGCAACUACUACAGCACCAUUGCCGAGGAACACGACGUUGCGAAGCAACUCACCCUACUUCAGGCUCGUGUGGCCCCCACAGAUUGGGCACUCGAGAGGGAAGUUCUUCAACGUUAUCGUUCAACCCUUCAAUCGCCUAACCGGACCAAGAUCGAAGCUUGGGUCACCCAAUGGCAAAAAGUCCUUACAGAGGCAAAACAACUAGGGCUCCCUGACGUUCAGGACCUACGCCCUACUCAAGACUUCCUACAGGCUGUUUCAUCUAUCAACACCCCAUUCACUGACUACUGGGUCAAUAAAAUGGAGGACGAAGCCGCACUCGGCAAGCCUAACUGGAAGACCGUGUUCCCUGACGGCAUUAAGAUCAGUGAGAUCUUUGAGAGAGCUCACCGGAUUAAGGCCGCCAAAAACAACAAAGGAUCGUUUGGAGCUGCCUUCCAGGGCAAGGGAGAGAAAACGGAGAAGAAAGAGGAUAAGCCUAAGUGGUCUUCGAGGAAGAACGACAAGGGGAUCCCCUUGUGUGUCUGCGGAAAACACCAUUUCUUCGCAGAUUGCUUCUAUCUCAUUGAGUCAGCUAGGCCUGAUGGCUGGACUGCAGAUCAGACGGUUGAGAAGAAGAUCAAGGAUAUCCUCGACUCCAAUCCAUGGGCAAAGACGAUGACGGAGAGAGCACAACAAUCCAAGCAGAAAGAAAAGGAGAAGGCGUCAGACUCCUCUAAUGGCUCCUCAGUCAAAGGCACAGCGUUUGCCGGUCUUCCGCCUACUCCCGAACACACACCUCCACCGUCAACGAGUUUUUCAGCAGGAAAGGCAGUCUACCCGCUGCGUGACUCUUUUAUCCUUGAUUCUGGAUCUGACACGCAUAUUUGCAACGACCGAUCCCGUUUCCUCGACUACUCGUCUCUUGCAGAACCCGAAGAUCUCUUCGCAGGAGAUAGUCAACUUCAGAUCCUUGGCAACGGCACAGUUCGCAUGAAGCUUGAAGAAGGAGGACUUUUUCAGCUCAACGAAGUCGCCUACGUGCCAAACUUCCACACGAACAUCGCAUCCCUCGACCGCUUUCUUGCGAAGGGAUACAACUGGAACCCAGCGUCUGGACUCGUCUCCAAGGACGAUCAGAUAGUUUUUCACACCAGACGGUUGUUCCGUCAACCGGUUAUAGAGUAUAACCAACUUUCGGAGGUUGCACCAUCCUCCAACUUCACAUCUUCUUCGGCGCCUCGCCCGGCGCAAAUCGCGGAUGCCACGCUAUGGCACAAACGUCUAGGCCACUUGAACGCUCAAGCCCUAGAGCAUCUUGUUGAGAACACAACAGGAUGCAAGAUCAAAGGUCCAGUCACAGUUGACUGCGAAUCUUGCUCCCUUGGCAAAGGGAAGAGGGUUGUAUCACGACGAUCCCCUCAAAACAAGGCACAACGACCAUUUUGGAGAAUCUACAUUGAUAUCUUCAGUCUUCACACUUCCUUCAAUGACAAGGAAGCUGUCCUUCUAAUCAAGGAUGAAUUUACUUCCAUGAUUUUCAUCCACUUUCUCAAUGACGCGACCCAGGACUCCGUCAUGACCGCCCUGAGGAACCAUGAGGCGAUGAUCAAGCGCCAAUGGGAUCUCAACAUUUGCAUUAUCCACCGAGACAACGAUCGUGCUCUUCAGACCGCCUACGAGGCAUGGGUUGAAGAAAGGGGAAUUCAAGACGAACCAACCGCCCCUUACACUUCAGCUCAGAACGGUUCUGCAGAACGAUCUGGGGGGGUAAUAGGCACCCAGGCCAGAACGAUGGGAAUUGAUGCCAAGUUACCAUCUGAUCUUUGGCCAGAGACUUGGAAAGCCGCAGUGUUUUUGCAUAACAGAUCGCCCAUGCAGAACCACGGUUUCAAAACCCCGUUUCAGCUGCUUCACCAGUGGCUGCAAGACAACAACAAGGAUACAGGCUAUCAACAGACUCAGCCUGAUAUCACUUUUCUCAAGGCGUACGGCUGUCGAGCCUACCCUUUGAACAAGCAGGCCCUUCAGAACAAACAGAAGAAGGACCUCAAGACCGACCCUCACGCUGAGAUCGGUUACUUGGUAGGAUACGACUCCACCAACAUUUUCAGGAUUUGGAUCCCUUCCACGUCGGAAGUCCGAAGGGUCCGAGAUGUGACUUUCAACGAAAGCCUCUUCUACGAUGGGAUCGAUAAGCCGCCGGAGCCUAUCCCACAGCGCAUUGAAGUUCGGCUCCCAGGCCACAUCGAGGACGAAUCGGAAUACGAGGAAGUUGCUACUCUCAGGAAGACGGGUCUACGAUUCAAGUUCUACCCGAACCAUCUGAUCACGAGGAAUCAGAUGACCAGGAUGAAUUUCACGACGCUCAGAAUCCCUAUCCAACGCCGGAUCUAG